AAUUAAGAACUGAAAACUAUCGUCGAGGGCAUGAGGGUCCGUGUUCCUUGAAAGGCCGUCUUCCAACCCACCAGAAGCCGAAACCCUAACGGUAGUUUUUUUUAAUAACAAAUUUCAAUUCUCAGCCAUGGAUGCGAUCAGGAAACAGCUUGACGUCCUCAUGGGAGCCAAUAGAAAUGGGGACGUGACAGAAGUCGACCGUAAGUACUCUGAUCGCGAGGUCUGCCGGCUCUAUCUCGCCGGCCUAUGCCCUCACGACCUCUUUCAACUGACGAAAAUGGAUCUGGGUCCCUGUCCGAAGGUGCAUUCUUUGCAGCUUAGAAAAGAUUAUGAAGAAGCAAAAACGAAAGGUAUGCACAACUUUGACAGAGAUCUUGAAGAUUUAAUUGAAAGACUUAUUGUAGAGUGUGAGAGGAAAAUUCAAAGAGCACUGAAGCGUUUAGAGAGUGAGGAUGCUAAGGCUGCCAUAGCAAUAUCUGUUUCUGAAGUUACACAGACACCAGAAGUGCUGGAGUUGUCCAAGCAAAUCAAGGAGAAGUUGAAAGAAGUUGAUGCUUUUGAUUUAGAAGGAAAAACCGACAAUAAAAUCCGGGCUCAAGAAGCAGUGGAAGAGCUCAGAGCAAAAAGAGCUGACAAACAGGCAAUGCUUCUCCUUGAUGCUUUUAACAUAGAUAGAGCCUCUUUACCACAACCACAUCAGAUCCAUCCACCGUUGGCUCCUGUCCCUGCACCCAAUCCUCCGGAUCCUCGCACCCAAGAGAUGAUUAAUGAAAAACUGAAGAAGGCAGAAGAUCUUGGUGAGCAAGGAUUAAUAGACGAGGCACAAAGAGCCUUGGAAGAAGCAGAGGCUCUUAAAAAGUUGUGCGUACGGCAAGAGCCAUCUGUGGAUUCCUCGAAGUAUACUGCUGCUGAUGUUCGAAUUACUGAUCAGAAGUUACGUGUCUGCGACAUAUGUGGAGCUUUCUUAAGUGUUUAUGACAGUGACCGUCGAUUGGCUGAUCAUUUUGGAGGGAAGUUGCAUUUGGGUUAUAUGCAAAUCCGUGAGAAGCUUACUGAACUUCAGGUGCCGGUUAUGUUUGACCAUUCUUCAAUAAAGAAAUUCAGUUAUAUUUGGCAUCAGGUUCAAAAUAGCGGUGGUGGCAAUUUGUGGCUUUCAUAAUCAAAAUCCUUGGACUGUCAGCUCUCCGUUAGUACAACUACGGUAUACACAAGUGAAAGAAUCUGUGAGUUGUGCAACAGUAUGUAAAGUAUAUGAAUUUGAUGCCAAAUCAUUUUACUAAUUUAAAUUUCAGAUAUAGUUCAUUGAUCUUGCUUUGCUUUGCUCGUUUAUUGCAUAUGCUUUGAAUUUCUUACUUAGAACUGAUUCAACAAGCAUCAAAUGUAUUGUAUUAACAGCUGUGUUUGUUUUGUUUUAAUUCAAUAUAUGAUUUUUUUCAGAGUCUUUUAUAAUUUAUGAUUUUGAAAGCUUAAGGCUUUUUAGAAAUCCUUUUAUUGGAUCUGGAGAAAAACUAUACAAUUUUUUUCUAUUCAUUCUUGCACGUUAAUAUUAUUGGAAUUUUGAUAUUCAUAUGUCAAAUUUAAUGUGUCUUCCUAGGUAUGGCUAGUUUUAAUUUUUAUUUUAUUAUUAUUAUUUUGUAUUUUCCUGCAAUUUAGUGCUUCUCGCAUUUAUCGGGUUGGAGGACCACCUUUAUGGGAUUGGUUGCAUAGAAAGUUGCAUUAUUUCUGUUCUAUGUUCAACUGCAUAAUGUCUUAACCGAAUUUAUCUAGCACCAUUAGAGUUAUUUCUAGUUUUUUUAAAAAUUUGUUAAAAUAUUUUUUUUCAAAUUCCCUAUGAUUUGGUUUAUUUUUUUGCUUAUUUGACGAGGAAUACUUUAAGUUCUAAUGCUUAAAUAGUAAACUUUGUUUUCUUGAAAAUCAAGUAUUGGAGGAUUGUAACACUGAAAAGUGAAAGAGAACUAUGCCUAGAGAAAACACUUCGGAUCUGUUAUUUGUGCGCCAUGUUGUGUACAUUUUUUACUUCCAUGGGAUCAAAAGGCCUUAAGAGUUGCUGAAAAUUAUGCACUAAUGCAAGUCUUUGGCCUAUAUAAUAUGAAAUUUUGUUCGAUUUGGAAAACUUGUGCAUCUUUUCUUGCUAUUUGUCUGAGGAAUUCUGUUAGUACUGUAUUUAAUGGUAGAAUUUGGUAUGGCUCAAAUGCUAAUCAACUACCGGAAGUGCAACGACCAUUACAUUGUCACUGAACGGGAUUUAUGGUGAUACUUGUUAAGGGUUUUGUAAUGUUUAAUUUAUGUACUGUCGCAUUUUUAACCUGAUGAAAUUACUAUUUUCAGUAUAUUAAGGUAAAUAACUUGAAAUUUCCCUUCAUUAUGUUGGGAUAUUUGUUCAUAUUUAUAGUAGCUUAUCAUGCUUUAGGAAAAUAAGGGUCAUGCUGUUGUAAUGUGGCGAUAAUUUUUGAAUUUCAGUUUUGUUCCAUCAUUCCAUGCUCUUCAUUCUAUUAUGUUCGCAAUUUCAGAUCUUCAUAUUAUUACCAAUUUUAGAUCUUCGAGCUUUUUGGCUUGAAUAUUUAUCACUAAAUUUUGUUUAUACCUUUUGUUAUUUCUUUUCUUGGUGCUCUACAUAAUUUCAUUUGUAUUAUCCAUGAUUAGUUGCAACUUCUGACAAGAUAUUCCUGUGCCAACUAGCCAAAGUUUGUUUUGCAUUGUCAAUUUAUCUAUCAGGAGGCAUGAUGUUUUUUUACUUGUUGAUUUAAGAGGCCAAAUUCUGCAAUGAAUCUCUAUGAAAAUCUUUUAUAUGGGUCUAUAACGGUAAAACACUAGGGCUUUUGUUUGUAAAUUACAACGCUAGCUUUCUAAAAGCUUGUUUAAUCCAUGUGUUUCUGUGAUGUACUUAUUUGUUACUGCAUCAUUUUUGGAUUGCCAGCUGAAUCUUGAAAAUCUGUGUAACUUUAAUUCUCAGAUGCUAAGGGCAUGAUUGACAGCACUUUUUUUUUGUUAUA